GAAUUGUGUAUUUUAAGUGGGAAGGUAAAUGUGAGGCUACGGGUUACAAUUCUUUGAUUCCCUGACAAAGCAAUCCUGACACAAUAUAUCUGGGAACUUGUAUCUUCAGAUGUGCUAAAUAAGCGUUUCUUGGUUUCCGCAACCCACCUCAAGAACCUUUUUGCUGGCAAUCUUUUCUGCAAGAUCUUCUAACAGAGAGCCACAGUCAGCGAUUUAUUUUAGUGAUGUUAGUGCUCCCUCUGCUGCACAAUCUUUAUUAAGAACUGGAUUCUUUAAUCCAGACAAAAUAAUACUUGGUGGAUAAUGUUAACAUGGUAACUGUGUUUGCUUACAUGAUUCACAAUCUCUCUCCCUUUUGUUGACACUCUCCCCAUCCCAGUGCAUAGGAACAGGCAUAUUUCCUUCUCUUGUUCCAUAUUUUCUCUGUAAAAUGACACACGGUGUGAUAGUCCUCUUUAAACAAAUAACAAAAAACGGGAAGUAUGGACAACGCUGUCGCUUCCUCAUGUGAAAUUCCUUCUUUCCUCAUCUCUUUCAUAAUCAGGAACAGCUGUAGUUUCUCAUGUCUUGUGUAUUUUCAAAGGGUUUAUAUUUUGCAGUUUGUAACACCCGUUUUCAGUUUAAACAGUGUGCAGGAGGGUUAAGACACAAUGGGGCAGUCAGAGUGGUACACAGUGUUCAAGAGAGAAUAGGAGCAGGGGCAGCUGUAAUCAGGGUACAUAUGGGGAGAGGAAGUAGGAUUGUCCUUGCUAUCACAUUCUGCAGGUGAUAAUAGUGAUCUCUGUGCCACGAAACACUUCAUCCUGUUGAUUUGGGCAGGUCAGCCUACUGUUCACACUACACAAGAACACCUUGAGGAAGAGGGGGCAGAGCCCUUGAAUCUGAUCCAAGCAGAUCCAUGUGAGUUGUUUGGUCUGGCAGAUCUAGGUUAGGUAUAGGCUCAUCAUCACCACGCCUUAGAUUUGUGCAUUACCUCUGCUCUGGGAUGUAGGCGAGACCACUCUUGUUCCCAGCUUCCUUGCAAAUCCCAUCUAGAGCGGGCCAUUGUGCAGCUGGCCUACCUCCCCUUUCCUGUAGGUGGAGUUUCCCUAGGAAAUGGCCUUGGCAGGAAGCUGCAGGGCGAAGUCUGCAUUGCUAGGGGGGCAGAAUACACGCUCUCUGCUCUUUCCAAGCCCCCAGCUCGGGUGGGGGUGGGGGUUGAGCGCUAGCAAGAGAAGCAGUUGUACAAUCGCUGCCGUUAUCUGGAGAGUCUGAUUUUCCUGCAGCAAGAAAGGUAGAAAUGGAUCUUGCCUCUAAGGAAGGCUUUGUGUUCUUUGGGAGUCUUUAGGAUAGUCAACUUUCAAACCAACAGAGGGGCUGAGAUUUGCAAUGACACCGUUCAGAAGAAUGUCCUUGGCGUUGUGUGUUCCUAUAUUGUGCUCUUUUUUCCUGCUGAUGGAUUGUCAGGAAGUUUCUACAUUCACCAUGCAGUAUCGGAUUAUGGAGGAAGUACAGCCUGGGACUGUUCUGGGAAGGCUGUCGGAAGAAAUUGGCUGGACAGAGGGCAGUUGGGGAACCUUUCAGCUGCUUCAGUCUCCUGCAGUGUUUCCCAUACAGAUGGACUCUCGAGACGGUUUGCUGAGCACCGCAGGGAGGCUGAACAGGGAGGAGCUCUGCCACCAUAGAGACCCGUGUGUCCUCUCAUUCAGCGUGCUAGCAGCCCAAUACUUCACCCUGAUCCAUGUGGAGAUCCACGUCUUGGACAUCAACGACAAUGGGCCUGUGUUUCCUCAAGCGGCACUGGAACUGGAGAUAUCUGAAAGUGUAUCCUUGCAGACCCGAAUCCCUUUGGGCCGAGCCCUGGACCCAGAUGCUGGAUCUAAUGCUUUCUGUUCCUACUUCUUGUCACCCAGUGAGCACUUUGCCUUGGAGGUCACAGCCGGUUCGGACAGAACUCGGCAGCCAGAGCUGGUGGUCAUUAAAGAAGUGGACCGGGAGCUCUACUCCUCGUUUGAGUUGCUCUUGACUGCAGUGGAUCACGGAGUGCCCCCUAGAUCUGGGACCACUAUUGUGACUGUGAAUGUGCUCGACUCCAAUGAUAACAGCCCCAUGUUUGCCCAGGGUUCUGUGUCCGUGGAGAUCGGGGAAGAUGCUUUAGUUGGGACUCUUCUGAGCAACCUCACUGCCACUGAUCUCGAUCAAGGACCUAACGGAGAGAUUGAAUACACCUUCAGCAAACAUGUUUCUGAGGAGGUGCUACGAACGUUUGCUGUGGAGGGUCACACAGGCCGUGUCCUUUUGCAGCAGUCACUGGAUUAUGAGAAGCACUCGGCCUACGAGUUGGAGGUGCAAGCCAGAGACCAGGGUGCCAAUUCCAUUCCAGCUCACUGCAAGCUCUUCAUACGUGUUCUGGAUGUCAAUGACAAUACGCCCGAGGUCCAAGUCAUCUGGGCGAAUCAAGCAGCCGUACUAUCAGAAGCUCAACCCCAGGGCAGCUUUGUUGCUCUAGUGACAGCAUUUGACCCAGAUUCAGGUCGUAAUGGGCAGGUGGAUUGUUAUAUCAAGCAAGGUGAGGAACACUUUGCCUUGAAAAGGUUCUCGCCUGGCAGCUACAUGUUGCUAACAAAUGCGCCCUUGGACAGGGAGAGCUGGACACAGCACCACCUGACCUUGCUGGUCCAGGACCGAGGGACCCCAUUGCUGGCCAUAACCAGACAUUUCACUGUUCAUGUCAGUGAUGUCAACGACAACAUGCCCCGCUUUGAAACAAACCAUUAUCACGUUUCCAUUGCAGAGAACAGUGAGCCGCCUUCUGUUUUAGUUGUGGUCAGGGCCCAAGACGCAGACUCAGGCCUUAAUGGGAAAGUUGUGUACAGAAUCCCAGAUCCUCUAGUUCGAGAGUGGCUCACUAUUGAUGCCAGCACUGGGGAAAUCAGGGCCCAUGUGGCUUUUGAUUCAGAGAAGAUCACCAGCGUUGACUUCCUUGUAAUAGCAGAAGAUCUGGGCCAGCCUCAGCUAUCGGCCAACACUUCCGUGACAGUCACUGUGCUUGAUGUGAAUGACAAUUCCCCAGUGGUAAUAAAGCCAGAGUUGGAAGGUGGCCGGGCAAGUGUCACUGCCCUUGUGGAUCCUGACACUGGACGUGUGCUGGUGCCCAAGGAAGAAGGGAGCUCCGAACUAGCCGCCUCGGUUAAUGCUCCCCUGCUGCUCACUAUACUGGCAACUGAUGCAGACUCCGGCCUGAACGGGACAUUGCUCUACAGCAUCCUGAGUGGCAAUGAAGCCGGCAUCUGUGUCCUUGAUCCCCAAUCCGGGCAGCUUUAUCUGAAUGGCAGCAAUGCUAGCAGCCUUGUGGGCAGGGAGUGGGACCUGGCGAUAUCGGUGAGUGACCGAGGCUCGGUGCCACUCUCCACCAGAUUUCUGGUGAAGGUAACAUUCAAGAGGCAUUGCGAGCGCAUGCCCGAUUCUUUCCCGGUGUCCCAGCCCCUCAGCCCCUCUGUGGUGACGGGAAUCUGCCUUGUAGGGUUGCUUGCCGUCUCUUUGGUAGGCUUGGGGUUGAUGAUGUCCCUGUGUAAAAGGGAGAAGCACGGCAGCAUGGCAUAUAACUGUCGGGAAGCAGAGCAGGCUUACAGCCAACAGCAACCAAAGAAACCCCCCAAGCCCAUCCAGAAAGCAGACAUCCAUGUCGUGCCUGUGCUGCGGCAGGAGGAUGCCCAGCAGCCUCAGGCUGAGAUAGAGAAUCCAUCAGAAGCUGCCUGGCUUGAGGCCUUGGGGGUGCCAUGCCACAUGACACCCACUCUGUACAGGACCCUCAGGAACCAGAGAAAUUCCAGCAGCCUUGCGGAGCAGGCUCCCUUCUGUGCACAAAGGUUCAGAAGCCCCGCCGCUCGGGAUGUGCAGCCCACGGAUAAAAAACUCCUCGAUUCCAUCUUCUGGCCUAAAGACCACUUGUCGGAAAAGGCUCAGGCAGGACCAGAGGAGGCUCCUAGUCGCCAGCACAUCUUGAGAAGCCUCGUGAGGCUUUCUCUGGCCGCUCUUGCUGAGCAAGGCCCCGGAGGACAACUAGCCAUGGAAUCUGCCCCCGUCCAGAUUCAAGUAAUUUUGUUUUCAAAGUGGUCGGCAAAGCUCCAGAUGCCAACAAAUGGAUAGGCUUACUGAGGGCAGCUGGUUUUUUACUCUUUUUGCCUAACCCUGUAAAACAGGUUCAUCUAUUAAAUAUGGCUGAUGGGAUGAGGGAAGAACGUGUUCUAGAAAGCCAUGACUAGUCAGUAGGAUCUGGCAGAAUUUUAUUUUUGCACCCGUUUUUUGUGCUUUCUUUAUCUGAGCAGUAAACAGUUGUAACAGAAGUAGGAUUUAUUUCUACCCCUUUUAAUUCAGCAUUGCUCCUGUGCAGGAGGUUUGCUUGGAAAUUAUGUCUCAUGGUGUGUAAUGGGGAUUACUCUGCAUUAUGUGUCUAGGACAGGCGUCCCCAAAUUGCGGCCCUCCAGAUGUUUUGGCCUACAACUCCCAUGAUCCCUAGCUAACAGGACCAGUGGUCAGGGAAGAUGGGAAUUGUAGUCCAAAACAUCUGGAGGGCCGAAGUUUGGGGAUGCCUGGCCUAGGAUUUCAGCCUCAAAUUAUGUCGCUCAGGUUUUACAAAUCACUUUCCACAGAAGUCGGUCCAGGGGCAGCUUCUGUUUUGUAACUUCCUGCCACUUCACCUAUCAUCCUUUUAAUUUGUAUAGUGACAGAUCCCAGAGAGACGAGGGAUGAAAGGAAUUGGGAGCCCAGGCUUCAAAACCCUUAGCUGUGGCACUGCGUGGCUACAUCUUUUGAGUUGCCAGUAGUGGGCAAGGGGGGUGGAGAGAUUUAGUUCAUCCACUGUUCUAUUCAGGGUUGGUAGAUUUAUAAGCAGCGCCAACCUAUGUAGGCUUGCAACGAGAGUGUGCAUUAGAAAUUACUCAGAGGAAACUGUCCAACUUGGCAAGUUCAGCAUCAUUCAAGCCACUGUAACGCUGUAGCAGCCAUCAACUCCACAGCUUUGUAGGAUGGGUGGUAGCUGCUGUGAGUAAACAAAGAUGCAGAUAGACACAAACGGCUUGUUUUCUUCCUGAGGUGGAUGUUGCAGAGAGGGGAAGAGCACUAGACAUUAUAAAUAACUCAAGCGGAGCAUAGGGGAGUGGGGAUAUCCUGUUAGGAAACAGCUCUGGUCAGGAUUGUAUGCGGAUACCGGCUCUUCCUGUCUUUCAGCAAAUCUCGCAGUUGUUGUCUCUGCUGCAUCAGGGCCAAGUGCAGCCUAAGCCCAACCACAGAGGGAACAAGUACACUGCCAAGAAUGCCUGU